AUGGGAGAUCAAGAAGGAAAAAUUAAAAAUCAAUAUAUUUCUUGGUCGCCCGAAGAAACCAAAACAUUGUUGCGCUUGUUGGUCGAUGGCGUUAAUCAGAAUUGGACUGAUGCGAGUGGUAAAUUCAAUAAACUUACCGUGGAACAACGAAUAUUACCGGAGUUAAACAAAAUUUGUGGAUCUAAGAAAACCUUUUCCCAAUACAAAAACAAAACAAAGAUUCUGAAGAAAAAACACAAGGGUUUUGUAGAUCUUCUUCGUUUUAGUUCAGGAUUUGGUUGGGAUAAGGACACGAAGAAAUUUACUGCUCCAAAUGAAGUAUGGAAUGAAUACCUCCAGGGACACAAGAAAGAUACGUAUUUACGUGAUGAUACGUUUGAAGAUUUUGAAGACCUAGAGAAGGUCUAUGGACAAAACAUUGCAAAAGGAAAUAAUACAGUGGGGACGUAUAAGAAGACACUCACAAUGAAGCUACGUUGUUUCGAAGUGAAAUGGUUGUAA